AAAAAUAAGAAGAGGAAACUCGUCCUCUCCUCUCUCUCCUCUCUCUUAACUGUAUCCGUGAAGGCAAAAAAAAGAUACGUAUAAACAAAUACAUAUAUAGACACACACAAGUAUGUAUGUAUAGUCUUGGUCUUUUUUCUCUCUCUCACCUGUACCUUUAAUAUGGUGUUUCUGUUUACGAGAAACCAAACCCACAUCAUCCAUUGAACACAUCAUUAGUUGUUCCACAAUCGCAAUCGACGAGUAAUCAAUCUGCUUGCUACUCGUAUCAUCUGUGAGAUCUAUCUCUCUAUCUUCCUCCUUUGAUUCACCCGAGAUUCAGUUUUGAGUUCUACUUGUGACCAAAAUGGCAUCUAGACAAGGAUCAAAGUCGAGAAAAACAGGGUUUAGCAACUUCAAGGGUGCUGCUGAUUCCACCGCCUCCUCAACAACCUCGUCUUCGAAGCUUUAUCAAGAGACAUCUAUCGAUGAUGGCCAUAGCUCUCCUGCUUCUUCAUCUGCUCAAAGCAAGCAGCACUUCUUCUCACCUGACUCCGUGCCUCAGAGUGCUCAGCGUUCUAAAGAGAACGUCACCGUGACAGUUCGCUUUCGUCCACUCAGUCCAAGGGAGAUCCGCCAAGGGGAGGAGGUUGCGUGGUAUGCAGAUGGGGAAACAAUCGUACGGAAUGAGUAUAAUCCUACGAUAGCUUAUGCAUAUGACCGCGUCUUUGGACCUACAACCACAACACGCAAUGUCUACGAUGUUGCUGCACACCAUGUUGUUAAUGGGGCUAUGGAGGGGAUUAACGGGACUAUUUUUGCAUAUGGAGUGACAAGCAGUGGAAAGACUCACACUAUGCAUGGUGACCAGAGAUCUCCUGGUAUUAUACCGUUAGCAGUGAAGGAUGCUUUCAGCAUCAUCCAAGAGACACCAAAUCGUGAAUUUCUCCUGCGUAUUUCCUACAUGGAAAUUUAUAAUGAGGUUGUCAAUGAUUUAUUAAAUCCAGCAGGACAAAAUUUGAGGAUAAGAGAAGAUAAACAGGGAACCUUUGUCGAAGGGAUUAAAGAAGAAGUCGUUUUAUCCCCUGCUCAUGCGCUUUCUCUUAUUGCAGCUGGAGAAGAGCAACGCCAUGUUGGAUCCACGAAUUAUAAUCUGCUCAGCAGCCGGAGCCAUACAAUAUUUACGUUGACAAUAGAGAGUAGUCCCUUAGGCAACAAGAGUAAAGGUGAAGCUGUACACCUCUCUCAGCUGAACCUCGUUGAUCUGGCAGGUUCCGAGAGUUCUAAGGUUGAAACCAGUGGUGUAAGACGCAAGGAAGGAUCGUAUAUAAAUAAAAGUUUGCUGACUUUAGGGACUGUGAUAUCAAAGCUCACGGAUGUGAAGGCUUCGCAUGUACCAUACAGAGACUCUAAGUUAACCAGGAUCCUUCAGUCCUCACUGAGUGGCCAUGACCGAGUAUCUCUCAUUUGUACAGUGACUCCUGCAUCAAGUAGUUCGGAAGAAACACACAACACAUUGAAAUUUGCUCAUCGUGCAAAACAUAUUGAGAUUCAAGCCGAACAAAACAAGAUAAUUGAUGAGAAAUCAUUAAUCAAGAAGUAUCAACACGAGAUUCAGCAACUGAAGGAGGAGUUGGGACAGAUUAAACAGGGCAUUGUACCAAUUCCUCAGUUGAAUGAUAUUGGCACAGAUGAUGAUAUCGUUCACCUGAAACAGAAGCUAGAAGAUGGUCAAGUGAAGCUGCAAUCCAGACUCGAAGAAGAGGAAGAAGCUAAAGCAGCUCUUAUGAGUCGAAUCCAACGGCUGACUAAAUUAAUUUUGGUGUCUACUAAAACUUCACAAACGUCUCGACUACCUCAUCGCUUUGAGCCUCGGAGGAGACAUUCAUUUGGGGAAGAAGAGCUUGCUUACCUACCAUACAAGAGGCGGGACAUGAUGGAUGAUGAGCACCUUGAUCUGUAUGUUUCUGGGGAGGGACAUCAUGAGGUUAGAGAUAUUGCGUGUAGAGAAGAAAAGAAGACCCGGAAGCAUGGAUUGCUAAAUUGGUUAAAGCCUAAGAAGAGAGAUAACAGUUCAAGUGCCAGCGACCAGUCGAGUGUGGUAAAAUCCAACAGCACACCAUCCACUCCUCAAGGAGGAGGAAGUAAUCUGCAUGGAGAAUCAAGACUCUCAGAAGGCUCGCCUUUGAUGGAACAAUUCUCAGAGCCUAAGGAAGACAGAGAAGCUCUAGAAGACACUUCCCAUGAAAUGGAGACGCCAGAGGCUAGCAAUAAAGUGAUAGAUGAGUUGGAUCUUAUGAGGGAACAGAAAAAGAUUUUAUCUGAGGAGGCGGCGCUGCAAUCAAGUUCAUUAAAACGGUUGUUAGAUGAGGCUGCAAAGUCCUCCCCUCAAACUGAAGAGACUAAAGAGGAGGAGAUCAAAGCCCUCAAUGAUGACAUCAAGGCGAAGAAUGACCAGAUUGUAACGUUGGAGAAACAAAUCUUGGACUUUGUUAUGACAUCACAUGAGGCAUUGGAUAAAUCCGACAUCGUGCAGGCACUUGCUGAGAUGAGAGAUCAACUUAAUGAGAAAUCUUUUGAACUCGAGGUUAAAGCUGCAGAUAAUAGCAUCAUUCAGGAACAACUCAAUCAAAAGACUUGUGAAUGUGAAACGUGGCAAGAAGAAGUUGCAAACCUAAAGCGGGAGCUCUCUGAUGCCUUGGAACUAGCACAGGAAACCAAAAUCGAAGAGCUGAAACAGAAAGCUAAGGAACUAAGUGAAUCCAAGGAGCAAUUAGAACACCGUAACAGGAAACUCGCGGAAGAGAGUUCAUAUGCAAAAGGUCUUGCAUCAGCAGCUGCAGUUGAGCUCAAGGCAUUGUCUGAAGAAGUUGCGAAGCUUAUGAAUCACAACGAGAGACUAGCAGCUGAGCUAGCAGCACUCAAGAGCUCAGUCCCACAGCGCGGUAAUAAGACGGGAACAACAACAACAACAACAAAUGCAAGGAACAAUGGGAGAAGAGAGAGUCUUGUAAAGAGACAAGAGCAAGAGAGCUCGUCGAUGGAGCUGAAGAGAGAACUGAGGAUGAGCAAAGAGCGCGAACGAUCGUACGAAGCUGCACUUGUUGAUAGAGACCAAAGAGAAGCCGAGCUUGAGAGGAUAGUAGAAGAAUCGAAACAGAGAGAAGCGUAUUUGGAGAACGAGCUUGCUAGCAUGUGGGUUCUCGUUUCUAAGCUGAGAAGAUCUCAAGGAGGUGGUUCUGAAAUCUCUGAUUCUGUUUCGGAGACGCUACAAACCGAUCGAUCAUUUUGAGACCAUGGAGUAGUAGGAUAUGUUUGUGCAGUGAUUCAAGAGUUUGUGUUGUGUAAAGUAUGAUUAAACAUAAAAAAUAUGAUUAUUUUGAAAAUCA